GACCAUGGUGAGUUUGAAACUCAGGAAGGAAGUAUAGUUCUCUUGAAGAAAAACAGUCAACAUUUCUUGUUGAGAUCUGAAUGCGAACAUUUAAUACGACAAGGAAUAUUGGAGCAUAUUGUACAUUGAUCCAUGAGUCCUGCUCGUCCAUGUGUAAAUAAAUUGAUUGUAUAUAUGAUGAGUCUGCAGAUGCAUCGUCAGAAUAUUUGCGACAUCUUUCUGUGUUUUAAAGCUACCUGGGAUUGGAAUAAAAUAUCUCUGGAGUCAUUAGAAAUGACAUGAAUGAUGUGAAUGCCAUCUUUUAAAUAGUUGUCAAACUUUAUGCAUAAAAGAGAUUUCUUAACAAGGAUGUAAAAUUUAAAUCAGCAGUUCAGUGAAAGUCAGAAAGAUACUUUACAGUGACAUCUUUCUGAAUCAAUAGAUGUGAAAAUCAUAUGUGGACAGCAUUAACCUAAAUAGCCGGAAAUCGAAUUUGGAGUUAACUUGAAAAGUUAAAACCAUGACGGUUAAAUAAAAAAUUAAAAGAUGCUAAAAAUGAUCGUUUCAUCUUUAAUGUAUAGUGUAAAUAAAAACAGAAGAAUAAAAUGAGCAUAGCCAUCCUCAUGAAAGGUGCGCAUGUAAAGAAACAAUCAAGAGUGCCAUCUAUAAAUGCUGCGUUUCCUCACAAUCAUCAUACUGUCAUACAUGAUACAGUCUGUCACAAUAUUAUAGUGAGUCACAAUAAUGGUGAAUCACAAUCACAGUUUGUCACAAUCACCACAUGUGUCGCAACUGUCAUGGAAAGUUCCUGGUUUAAGACGUCUGAUGUAGCCACCUUGGACGACUGCCAUGAUGAUACCGAUGAAGAAGAACAUUUUACCCUGCUGCAUGCUAUCGUAGUUGAAUGUGUUAUGAGUGAGGAAUGUAAGCGUGAACUCAAGCCCGGAAUACAAC